GUACCACAAAGUCUGUCCUAUUGCCGUCAUUAUGAACAAAGUUAUAGAAAAGCGGUUCUGAGCAACAAUGUCGAUGUAAUUGACCACGAAUGAUGUCAUGACUCGUGCCGUUUCUCGGUCACGACUACCAUUACUUCAAGAUACUAGAUAUAAACCAACUCUGUAAUCUACUGGGUACCUAAUCACUUGACUUGUCCGAGGUAUGAUUUAUGUUUAUACCACUAGAUGAUCAUAUCGCGAGAUUACCCAACUCACUUAGGUAUCCUUCAAUAUGACCGACUCACAGUUCCAAAAGGGACAUGAAGUCCCCGUAACUCACCAAGAAUUCCCCGGCAAGGAGCACAAGCUACCUCUGCAGGCCCAGUACGACACCCUACCCACCGACGAAGGCGGGUAUCAGAAGUACAAAGCCGCCGGCAAGCUCCAAGGCAAGAAAGCCGUGAUCACGGGCGGCGACUCAGGAAUCGGCCGGGCAACCGCAAUCCUAUUUGCCAUGGAAGGCGCAGACUCAUUCAUCGUCUACCUACCAGACGAGGAGAAGGACGCGCAGGAGACGAAGCGCAUGGUCGAGUCGCACGGGCGGCAAUGCCACCUCCUAUCCACCGACCUGACCAGCAGGGACAACUGCAAGAAAGUCGUCGAUGAGGCGCUGAAACAGCUAGGCGGCAUUGAUAUCUUGUUCAAUAACGCCGCGUAUCAAAUGGUGAAGAGCGACAUCCACGAGCUAAGCGAAGACCAAUGGCUACACACCUUCAACACAAACAUCCACCCCUACUUCUACCUCUCGAAGUACGCCCUCCCACACAUGUCCCGUGGGAGCACCAUAAUCAACAACGCCAGCAUAAACGCAUACAUCGGGCGUCCGGACCUGCUAGACUACACCUCGACGAAAGGGGCAGUAGUCUCCUUCACACGGGGGCUAAGCAACCAAUUCGUAGGCAAGGGCAUCCGAGUCAACGCCGUAGCGCCGGGGCCCGUGUGGACGCCACUGAUCCCCGCGACGAUGGACGACGGGGCGCAGGAGACGUUCACGAGCCCCAUGGGCCGGCCCGCGCAGCCGAGCGAGGUCGCUGCGUGUGUGGUGUUCCUCGCGGCGGCGGAUAGCUCGGCGAUUAGUGGCCAGACGAUCCAUUGUAACGGGGGUGUUAUUGUUAAUGGAUAAGUUGUUGCUCGAUCGUGUACCUAGGAUUGGGGAAAGGGUUUUUUUUGGCGUGGGUAUGGGACUAUACGAUAGGAAGGCUUCGUUCCGCUGCCGUAUCAACGAAUUAUGAGACUUAUGAUGAUAUCAUUUCGAUUUUUUCACCUACCUACCCAGGUAGGUAGAAUUACACGGCGAGGAAUUGAGCUAGUAGUUAUUAGCAAGCUAGUAUGGGGUCAUGCAACUAGUCGGAGUAACAAGCAUGCUAGAAAUAUGUUAUACUUUGAUAAUAGGUAUCUUGAUUUUUUUCCUGCUGA